GCCAGGAAGGCCCUGGAGAAUCAGGGGUGCCCUCUCCUCCGGCAGAGCUUGGGCCUGGACUCACGAAGAAGGGGCUACCGUUCUCCGAGGAUUCCCGCCUGCUCCCAGACCCCCGGGAGUCGUAGGAACCCGCUCCUGGACGCUGAAGUCGGCUUUCAGGGCCCCCUCGCCGGACUCCGAGGAGGGACAGAGCCUGGGAGGCCGUCGCCCCGCCCCGUCCCCGCCCCCGCGCGCAGCGGGCCCGGGGCGCCGAGACCCGCGAAGAGGAAAGCGCUAGGUCCCCGCGCCCCUCGGACCCUUGGUGGCAGGGUCUGGGCGGGUGUCAUUGCGGGGGUUCAGGAGGCCCCCGGCCUGUGAUCGUGAGCGGUGAGCGAGGGGUGUAGGUGGGUGGGGGUCACAGUCCCUCCCCUGGGUCCUGGCGUUGGGGAUGAGAAGGCAAAGCUUUGGCGAGGAAAUCGGCUCAGUCAAGGAAACCCCUCUUGGAGUUUUCCCAAAGCCAUGGACAGUCCUAGUCUUCGUGAGCUUCAACAGCCUCUGCUGGAGAGCACAGAAUGUGAGACCCCUGCCCAGAAGCCUGGCAGGCAUGAGCUGGGGUCCGCCUUAAGAGAGAUAGCCUUUGCCGAGUCCCUGAGGGGUUUGCAGUUCCUGUCACCGCCUCUUCCCUCUGUCAGCGCUGGCCUGGGGGAACCAAGGCCCCCUGAUGUUGAGGACAUGUCAUCCAGUGACAGUGACUCGGACUGGGAUGACGGCAGCCGUCUUUCACCAUUUCUACCCCACGACCACCUCGGCUUGGCUGUCUUCUCCAUGCUGUGCUGUUUCUGGCCUGUGGGCAUCGCUGCCUUCUGUCUAGCCCAGAAGCAUCCCCAGUGCCUGACCUAUAGUAGGUGCUACGUAUCUGCUUUUGGAAUACAUGCAUGCAUGAAUGAAUGGGUAUGUUGGGUGGGGGAGAGACCAGGGGAAGGGUCUGGGACUGAGGGGAUGCCUGGGUCACUGCUGCCCACUGCCUCUACAGACCAACAAGGCUUGGGCCAAGGGGGACAUCCAGGGGGCAGGGGCCGCCUCCCGCCGUGCCUUCCUGCUGGGGGUCCUCGCCGUCGGGCUGGGCGUGUGCACGUAUGCGGCUGCCCUGGUGACCCUGGCCGCCUACCUUGCCUCCCGAGACCCGCCCUAGUUGCCCCUACAGCCCUCACUGUGAACCCUGAGGCUGGCAGCCCAGCAAAUCUGUGGGCAGAGAGUGGAGAAUCUUGGUGGAUGAGGCUGCGGCAGCGGCAGGAGCAUCUAGAAACGGGAGCGAGCUGGACUGGAACCCCUCCCCUUCCUGGCCACCGCUCAUCAGGCGGCAGCAACGUGAGAUUAAACACCAGACACUCUUGCAGCAAACCAGAGUCUGUUCAUGUGUGUGGGAGGAUGGAAGGGGUUGGGGGUGAUUGAGACCAACAGGGGACUGACUGGUCAGGGUGACGGGCUGUGGUGGGCAUCCCCAGGGUACUUGCUCCCUGAGACCUGAGCUGGAAAAG